CGCCCGCUUUACGGCGGCGCGUAGCAACGGGCCGGGGCCGGGGCGCCGGGACGGGCGGCGGCCGGGGCGCGGGCUAUGAGGCGGCAGCUUCUGAGGUUUUCUGGAGUGCUGCGGCCCCUGCCUCCGCAGAAUGGACCCGGUUGCGCUCAGUUAUAUGGACAGUUUGCUGAGGCAGUCAGACGUUGCCUUGCUGGAUCCCCCAAGCUGGCUUAACGAUCACAUCAUUGGGUUUGCCUUCGAGUACUUUGCCAAUGACCAGUUCCAAGAAUUUUCUGAUCAGGUGUGUUUUAUCAGUCCCGAAGUGGCUCAGUUCAUUAAAUGUGCUGCUAGUCAGGAAGAAGUAGCCAUAUUCCUUCAACCGCUCGACCUUCUCCACAAAAAGCUGGUGUUCUUGCCUAUCAACGAUAACUCCAACCAGGCUGCUGGAGGCACCCACUGGAGCUUACUGGUUUACUUCAGGGACAAAAAGUACUUCGCCCAUUAUGAUUCCCACAGUAAGAGCAACUCUGCCCACGCCAAGCAAGUGGCAGGGAAGCUGGAGGCCUUCUUGGGCAGAAAUGGGGGCAAAGCAACCUUCAUAGAGGAGAAAGCGCCUGCCCAACAGAACAGCUAUGACUGUGGGAUGUACGUGAUCUGUAACACCGAGGCUCUGUGUCAGGGACUCUUCAGGGGAUGCCAGGAGCCUUUGCUGCAGCUCCUCACCCCUUCCUACAUCACGCAGAAGAGAGCCGAGUGGAAAGCCCUCAUUGCUAAACUCGCACGGAAGUGACCCGGACGCAGUCUCCACCCCGACCCCGAACAAUUGCCUUUCCCUGUCCGCAGGCCAGCGCCCCCGGUGCCUGAGGGAGAUGCCCGUGCGCAGGAUUUUCCCCAAAGAAGAAUGUAACCCCCUCCAGCAUGGCAACACCCCUGCAAGCACCCUCCUCGGAAAGCCUUAGUCUGCUCUAGAAACGACUGGCCUUUGAACUCUGGACCAGUAAAGUCACCUUGCUCUCCAUGAAA